AUGUUCAGGAACGCUUUGCGGCAGUCUAGCCGCUCCGUCGCGGCCGUCUCGGCCACUGGCCGUGUCGCCUCGCUCGAUCGGUCGUCGGACCCUAUCUCUCCACUUCGAACAAUCAUUGAGAAUGGCAUUACCGUGUGGUGGCUUGAGGAUCAUCUCGUUGACAAGUUUUUCUCGUUUCCGUUCCAGGUUCGCGCGGUUGUUCCCGGCCCCCUCGCCGGUGCCUCCAAGCAGGUUCGCUCUUACGCCGCCGAGGCUAAGGCCCAGCCCACCGAGGUCUCCUCCAUCUUGGAGCAGCGCAUCCGUGGUGUUCAGGAGGAGGCUGGUCUCGCUGAGACCGGUCGCGUUCUGUCCGUUGGUGACGGUAUUGCCCGUGUCCACGGUAUGACCAACGUCCAAGCUGAGGAGCUGGUUGAGUUCGCCUCCGGUGUCAAGGGUAUGUGCAUGAACCUCGAGGCCGGCCAGGUCGGUGUUGUGCUCUUCGGUUCCGACCGUCUCGUCAAGGAGGGUGAGACUGUCAAGCGUACCGGUGAGAUUGUUGACGUUCCCGUCGGUCCCGAGCUGCUCGGCCGUGUUGUCGAUGGUCUCGGUAACCCCAUUGACGGCAAGGGUCCCAUCAACGCCAAGGAGAAGCGCCGCUCCCAGCUGAAGGCCCCCGGUAUUCUCCCCCGUCAGUCCGUCAACCAGCCCGUCCAGACUGGUAUGAAGUGUGUCGACUCCAUGGUCCCCAUCGGCCGUGGUCAGCGUGAGUUGAUCAUUGGUGAUCGUCAGACCGGUAAGACCGCCGUUGCUCUCGACACCAUGCUCAACCAGAAGCGCUGGAACAACAGCGGCGACGAGUCCAAGAAGCUCUACUGUAUCUACGUUGCCGUCGGUCAGAAGCGUUCCACCGUCGCCCAGCUUGUCAAGACCCUCGAGGAGCAGGAUGCCAUGAAGUACUCCAUCGUUGUUGCUGCCACCGCCUCCGAGGCCGCUCCCCUGCAGUACCUCGCUCCCUUCACUGGCUGUGCCAUGGGUGAGUGGUUCCGUGAUAACGGCCGCCAUGCCGUUAUCAUCUACGACGAUCUGUCCAAGCAGGCCGUCGCUUACCGUCAGAUGUCCCUGCUGCUCCGCCGUCCCCCCGGUCGUGAGGCUUACCCCGGUGAUGUCUUCUACCUGCACUCCCGUCUCCUGGAGCGUGCCGCCAAGAUGAACAACAAGACCCACGGUGGUGGUUCCCUGACUGCCCUUCCCAUCAUUGAGACCCAGGGUGGUGAUGUGUCUGCCUACAUUCCCACCAACGUCAUUUCCAUUACCGACGGCCAGAUUUUCUUGGAGGCUGAGCUGUUCUACAAGGGUAUCCGUCCCGCCAUUAACGUCGGUCUGUCCGUCUCCCGUGUCGGUUCCGCCGCCCAGGUCAAGGCCAUGAAGCAGGUCGCUGGUUCCCUGAAGCUCUUCCUUGCCCAGUACCGUGAGGUCGCUGCUUUCGCCCAGUUCGGUUCCGAUCUUGAUGCAUCUACCAAGCAGACCCUUGCCCGUGGUGAGCGUCUCACUGAGCUGCUCAAGCAGAAGCAGUACUCCCCCAUGGCCGUUUCCGACAUGGUUCCCCUCAUCUUCGCUGGUGUCAACGGUCUCCUUGACUCCAUCCCCGUCGCCAAGGUUCUCCAGUGGGAGUCUGACCUCCUCGCUCACCUGAAGAGCAGCCACCCCGAGAUCCAGGAGACCAUUGAUAAGGAGGGCCAGGUUUCCAAGGAGCUUGAGGAGAAGCUCAAGAAGGUCAUUGGUGACUUCAACAGCUCUUUCAACGCAUAG